UCGAUAUAGUUCACGGAUAUGUGUGCGGUGUACGUCCAAGGAUACCUACCGCUAUUGAGAUAAAAGCUCUAUAUCGAUGGAGCUUUAUAUAUAUAUACAGCGUAUCUCGCCACAGAUGGGUGAGUUUCUCCCCUAAUUAACAGAGAUACUUGGUACCUCCUCCCCGCGUUAUACCGUUCAGGCUGGUACGUCGACACUCGUUAGUUUGAUCGAUGUAUAGAAGGAACGCUCACGUGAAGAGAGACUCCGCCUAGCAUCCGGCCGUAGUUACGGCUCCGUACCUUUACGCAUAUGUUGGUCUUACCUUCCAAACGUUACAACAGUGAUGACAAAUCGGAAUAACACCACAAAUUAUAUAAUAGAAAAAAUAUGACAAGUAGGAAAAUAUGGGAAGUUUGGAAAACACUACAAGUACUAUUAUAGAUAGUACUAUAUCAGUGAACAUUUCGUUGGGAUUUCAUGAAAAUAUUAAUAUUAUGCAUCAACCUGCAGUGGUGCAUCGUUACGAGGUCAAUGCGUCAGUAACUCCUUCAAGUAUACUUAAUGUGUCCAGUGUCAUGGAAUAUGGAAAUAUUACCAAUGUUACGGAGACCGAGUUUUCUAUGGGUCUGUCCGAGGAGUCCUUAAUAAUUCUGAUGGUGCUGUAUUCCAUAACUACAAUAUUGUCCAUCGGGGGUAAUUCUCUCGUGGUUCUAGUCUUCGUAAAAGGUCGAAGGUCCAGAACGGAUUUAAGACUUUUUCUAAUCAACCUGGCUGCUGCAGACCUUGUCAUGGCCGUAUUCUGUAUGCCUUUUACAUUUGCAGAUACCAUCCUAGGACAUUGGGUAUUUACAAAGCCUAUGUGUCCAAUUGUCCUGUUCAUGCAGUUGUUUUCUGUAGCGGCCAGCGUUUUCACAAACAUGGCGAUCGGAGUAGAUCGUUUCAUGGCCGUUAGUUUUCCUUUAAAAUCCAGAAUUACGUAUAGACGUGCUAAAUAUGUUAUUGUGAUUAUAUGGUUGUCCUCAAUACUUUUAUCAACCGUCAUGUUGGCGGUCGGGAGGGGUAUCGACGACGGAUCGGGUAAUGUAAAAUGUAUGGAGCUUUGGCCGAUACCCGAACAACGGAAAACAUUUACCAUUUGUGUUCUCUUGUUUACGUAUAUAAUGCCACUUUCUAUCCUUUUGAUAACUUAUUCAAUAGUUGGAAUUUUACUCUGGAAGAGGACCACACCUGGAAAUAAGCAUGCUCAUCGUGACAUGCAUCAACUCCGAACGAAAAUAAAGGUGGUGAAGAUGCUGGUGAUUGUCGUCGUGAUGUUCGGUAUCUGCUGGUUGCCUAUCCACGCUUUCACACUGUUUAUAGACUCUCAUCCAGAGCUCUUGGCCACAAACGAGGAUAUCCAAUUCUUUAUGGGCAUUUAUCUAACAGCCCAUUGGCUGGCCAUGUCAAAUAGUUUUGCUAACCCAAUCAUUUAUGGUUUUACAAACGCAAGCUUCAGGGCAGACAUGGCAGUAUUACUCAACAAAUGGUUCCCGUGCUGUUGCUGCUUUAAACACAUGAUGACAAGGACGUAUAGUCUCUCAAACUACGACAGUAUUAUAUAUAGAAAACAUACAGUCAUCAGAGGCGGGAGUGUGAAAAACAGCAUGGGCUCAACAGACUCUUUUAAACGCUCAAGACCCAUGCAGUACGUUGGAGAUAAUCGAAAAGAUUUUCAAGGAUUCAGAAGAACUAGAUCAGAAAUGCACAUGAAAAGAGUAACGGUGAAUGGUGCACAGAACGGUCACGUGUACUCUUUUAAAGCACCAUCAUUCAAAUCAAGCGGAAGUGCACCGGAGUGAUGUCUGAUAUGUAAUGUGCUAUUCCGUAACAGUGAACAAUACAUAGAUAGCAAACUGUCUAUGUCGUACACUUAGUCUAAAGGAAUCCAUUCCGCUGGAAUUUCAAUUGUUCUCAUGUGAUGUAGGUUUUUAGUGGUAAUAUUUGAGUCAGUAACAAGUUGUGAAAGUCGUGAAAUAUGUUUGUUUGUCUAUAUGGCGGAAUCACAAUAUUCUAUUUCACUACAUGAAAACAGCUUUACAACGCCGUAAACCGUUGGAUAGUUAAUAAGCAAUCUUAUUUUUUAACUUUUUUUCUGCAAGGAUUACUUGUACUCUCUCUCUCCCUGUGUGUCUGUCCUUCUCUCUGUGCUUCCUAACAUUCUCCAUUAAAUCACUUGAAUCGGAACAAAAGGACAGCUAAUUUAAUCGAAACCAAUUGGUGGAUUUGGCCAGGAACCAUAUCCUAGUAUCUGUGAAGAUUACCAAAAUAAAAUAAAAUCAAACUACUCAUCGGGCGUAGACGUGUUAUAUAGUGGGUUAAUAAAGUUUGCCAAGACGCCUGGCGUAUAUUGAUAGAAGGCAUCAUACGUUUGAUGUGGUAGACAGACAAAUCUCACACCAAGUCAAAGAACUUUGCUUGCCCAGAUAUAUGGUCUAUGGAGUUCAAAAAUCUUAUUACUACUGGGAUUGAUGUCAAUCUUACUAAAAGUCCCGAGAAUAACUUGUUCCGUCAAUGUUGACGUAUCGGAAUAGAAAUGCUUCCUUCACAUCGUUGUCACUGCGUUGUUGUGUGUCUAAGCUGUAUAGACCCACGGGAUUGUCUAACAUCAUCCGUGAAUAUCGCGGAAGUUUCCGUCAUGGUCAAAGAUGACAGGAGCGUUACGUAAAUGGUGUACAAUGUUUCUUUACUUUAUAGAUUAAUUAAUGAACAUCUUAAAUUUGAUUUAAUAAGCCGAAUGUCUAGCAUACUUCAAUGUUAAACACGUUAUAUUUUGUUGCGUUGUACAUGAUGUGAAGAUUUGUGCAACUUCUUCAAUGGUAUUUUUAUAAACAUAUAAACAGGAUAUAAUGACUAUUUUUACUAUCUUUUUCUAUUCACUACAUAAUGCACAGACUCAUUAACCGCAAAUUCAACAGUAUUGAAAGAUAUUUUGGUAUGUUUCCAUAAUGGAGGAUGCUAUUAUAUUGCUUUUAGUUUUCAAACAGUAAAGAAUCAAAGAGUCAUAAACACGAUAUGUACCAUAAGCAAAACCAAAUGUGUUGGAAAACAGAGUAAUAAAGAUUUUGUUUGUUUAGAACGAGCAAUCAGUAUAUCAUUGUAAACGUCCAUAACUUGUUUACAUAUAAAGAUAUGUAGAUCCAAGUUCUUUGACAAGCGUGUUUAGUCUUCACGUCAUUGGUGUAAUUACAUCACGGAACGAGGUAUAUCAUACACAUUUUUCGUCUGUAUUGAAAACAUUAUUCGUUUAUAGUCGCCUUUAAAGAAACAUGGUUUUGAUAUAACACGUUGGGAGGAAAUUUGAAAAGUUUCAAAAAAAGUAAAAGAUGGAGUGUGAUUGCGAACUUCCUUUACACCGCUGAAUCAUUAUCAAUCUAAAACAAAUAGCAAACAGUAAGUUAACACACUAGUCAUUCAUCAACUCCACAGGAAUUUGAUCCGCGAUCGAGCAUGUAAACACAUAUGGCAAUCUGUCUGUCAUUAAAUGGUGCCCCGUGCACUAGGUUCCUUGCCAACAAGACCCGUAAAACUUUUUUCACAGAUUUUGAAUACGUGAAAUAAGGUUGCAAAUUAAAUCCAACUGUACACAUAUCACCUACAGUCAUUUACUCGCAAUCUUAGUGUGAGUAUACUUUUUUAUUGAAUAAACAAAUAAUCAGUAUAAAGUGUUAAAAAUAAUACGCAUGUACUUUUUCGAAAAAGGUUAGUAGUCUUUCACACUUUUUCUUAUCCAUUAGCAAGAUAUUUAAAGUGAUUAUCAUAUUGGAGACUCCCGCUUAUAAUCUUAAAAGUCCCAUUUUAUUAUAUUGCACAUUUUUCCUUUCUGAAUAACGUAUUCAUCAAAUCAUAUAUCUAGUAUUUGGAGUUCUUAUAUAAGAUAAACUAUAUAUAUUAACUACACUGUACAUCAUUUUCAAAAUUACAUAACGUUAUAGUUUAGUUAUGUGAUACAAAAUUUAAUCAUUGGAACUUUCGGUUUUUCCAAGCAACUGGAAGACAAUCAAUUAUGUAGCAUUUCCAAAAUCACUUUGAACGUUGAUAAAUAUCAAGCAAGGACGUCUGUUGACGUGAUAUAUGUAACAACUUGUACCUAAGAAAGCGAUAUAGCCCGAGUUGACAGGAUCGACAGUGAUUUCAUUCAAUUAACGGUCCAUACGGACAUAAUUAUAUUCACCGAGACAAACAUCCAUACUUGUAACAUAAGAUUAUAUGUUUCUUUGUUUGGUGAUUUGAGUCUUCACGAUUUUGAUUUGAAAUUUUAUCAAAAUAACCUUCAAAUUCAUUUCCUUUGAUAGAGAAUAUAAUGCGUCACAAAUGACGUUAAAGGUGUUAAGAUAAUAAUACAGUAAUUUGCCGUUUAGUGAUAUUGAGUUCGUCUAAAGAAGUAUUCACGGAAUAAUCAGUUUUACCGAACAUGUAGCUGGUAAACAUUUACAUAGAAAUCACUGUCACUGGAAUGAGUAAUGACGGUUAUAUACCACAUACUGUACAACUAAGAAAACGUUAAACUGGUAAUCAGUUUGAUUAUAACACGUUUUUGAAUUGUGCCAAACAAAUAUAUUGAUACCAAUGAUACUAAGUCACAGAUCAUAGCCACUAGUCAUAUUUCUAAUAUUAUUAUAUGACCGGUCUAAGUUGCAAAUAGAAGUAUAUUUUAAUCGGACGAUAAUCAAACUACCGAACAAAACUUGUAAAUAAAUCAUUAUUUAUAUGACUACAUUAGGGCAUCUCAAUUUACGUCAAAACUACCUGAUGUAUCCAUCUCGACAUGGCUUACACAGUUUUGGUCUAAAAUGCUGUUGUUUAUUUGUUGCUGUAUAAUAUUGAACAACUUUUUAAUUACAAGUGGUUCAGGUCAAUUGUGAGAAUGCGUUCAGGAGUGAGUACAAGUGCAUUUUUGUCCUUUUCCAUUGUUCAUUAUGAACAAUUAUAAUGUAUAAAUUGCUAUUAAAUUAUUCAAUUGAA